UCAUAGACAAAAAGGUAGGCUGAUAAUGAUUAUUAAGAGGGAAGUUAGGAAGUAAAUACAAUUCCACUGUUUCUUUUGGAUUCGACUAAUUGGAUAGCACUAAACUUUCUCAUUCAAUACCCUACAUCACCGAUUCGAUACUUUCCCAGUUAACCCUGGGCCGGCCGAAGAGGCUGCUAGUCAGCAUGGCCAUGGCGGGCGUAAGAAGUCAGAGAGGUUCGUCGUCGUCGAGGAUGCUCCUUCCGCGGAACAUCAGCCUCUCUACCGGGCAUCUCCCGGAAGCACUCGGCGGAGCCCCUCCACCGCUCCGGCCAAACGUCAUCAACCCAUACGGCCGCCCCUACAGGUACUGGCAGAUGUUCCUGAUCGUGCUGGUGGCCUACUCUGCGUGGGCGUCGCCGUUCGAGCUGGCCCUGGAGAAGGCCGCCUCCCGGGCGCACCUCGUCGUGGACCUGGUCGUCGACGUCUUCUUCUGCGCCGACAUCGUCGUGUCCUUCUUCGUCGCGUACCGGGACAGGUCCACCGACCUCCUCGUCGACGACCGUAGCAAGAUCGCCGUGAGGUACCUGACGCGGCCGUGGUUCGUGCUGGAUGUGGCCUCCACAAUCCCGUUGCAGAUAGUCUACCAGCUCGUGAGGGGCAAAAGAAACGGCCCCUGCGGGUUCCUCAUCCUUCUCCGGCUCUGGCGGCUGCGUCGCGCCAGUAAGCUCUUUACAAGGUUGGAGAAGGACACCAGGUUGAGCUACUUCUGGACUAGGUUUAUCAAGCUAGUCUGCGUGGCUCUGUUUGCGCUGCACUGCGCGUCGUGCGUGUACCUGUGGCUCGCGUUCCACUACCGGGACAAGGAGCAGACGUGGAUCGGCAGCCUCCGGGGCGACUUCAAGGAGCGCAGCGUGUGGUUCGCCUACACGUACGCCGUGUACUGGUCCAUGACCACCAUGGCCACGGUCGGCUACGGCGACCUGCACGCCGCCAACACCGGCGAGAAGCUCUUCAGCAUCCUCUUCAUGCUCUGCAACAUGGGCGUCGCCUGCUACGUCAUCGGCAACAUGACCAACCUCGUCGUCCACGGCGCCACCACCACAUUCCGCAUGAGGGACAUGGUGGACCAGGUGGCGAGGUACGGGAAGGCGAACCGGCUGCCGGUGUGGAUGCGGGAGCAGAUGGUGGAGAGCGUGCAGCUGAGGUUCCAGAUGGCGGAGCUGCUGCUGCCCGACGAGGUGCUGUCGGAGCUGCCCAAGGCCGCGAGGUCGGCCGUCGCGCAGCACCUCUACAAGGCCACGGUCGAGGACUCCUACCUCUUCCGGGGCGCCUCCGACAACCUCGUCGUGCAGCUCGUGUCGGAGAUGAAGGCGGAGUUCUUUCCGCCCAAGAUGGACAUUGUCCUGGAGAACGAGAUCCCGACCGACUGCUACAUCAUCGCGUCCGGCCAAGUGGAUGUGUUGAGAACCGCCAAGGACGAUGGCCUGGAGAAGUUUAUCAUGAGGAUAGGGCCACAUGGCAUGGCGGGUGAAAUCGGUGUGAUGCUCAACAUCCCGCAGCCAUUCACCAUCCGGAGCAGAACCCUAACCCAGGUCAUACGCAUAAGCCGUAGCCACUUGCAGAGCACCAUCUGGCCUGCUACUGCAGACGGGGACACUAUAUUCUCCAACUUUGUUCAGUAUCUUGAAUCUCUGAAGGUGCGACAUGGAGAGGAGCUAACAUUUGCCAGAGAACUCGGGCAUGACACACUCCCGUUUCAGAACGGCGACCCGAUACGUGUUGUUAUCCACGGCCAAAUUCCGCACGGUAGUGGCAUGGCGGGCAACCGCGCGGCAGGGAAGCUCGUAUGUCUGCCUGGUUCACUGGAAGAACUGUUGAAGCUUGGGGAAGACAAGUUUGGAAUGGCGGCGAGACAUGUCCUCACCGCCGACGGCGCGGAGGUGGAUGACGUUCGCGCGCUGAGAGAUGGCGAUCACCUCUUCUUAAGUUGACAGGGAACUGUACUCAAGUCUCUAACUCAUGUGUAGAUAGGGGGAUCGACUACGUGCAAGUUGACUGAUUUUUAUUUAUCGAUCAGUCGACCGACAGUCGAUUUAUCUUUGGACUGUAGCGAUUACUGCUGACGAGGAUGAGGACAGACAACAAACGUGUAUCAUAAGGUGUAUCAUGCAUGCCAAUUAAGUUUUUUUAUGAUGUGGCACAUAAUUGA